CCACGGGUAUACUUCGUACAACCUUUGCGUUGUUUUGGUUGGUUUGGUGUGGUGUUUGGCUUGGCUGUUCUGUAGUUGUGUGUGGGUUGUAGUAACUUGGUGGUAACCAAACCAAACUUUGGUCCAAGUUUGAUCAAGGUUCAGUUGCUUUAGUUUGGUCAAAAACUAAAACAAACACAGCAAUCAAAUAAAUACAAUCUAAACAAAAUAUUACUAGUAUACUUCCACCGACCACCGCCUGCCGCGUCGCCGGUUGGGGUACGGUACGAUAAAAACAAACAAAGCCUACCUACGUAGGUACUGUCUGUCUGUACGUGCAGUAGACACUAAACCAGGCAAGUAGGAGGCUGCGCCCCGUUUGGCUUGGUUUUUUUUUUUGUGUACGCACAAGCCGUUUAUUCUUGCGUUCUGAUACACUGAUAUGUGUAUGUAGUGGGUUACGAUUUCAGUUUGAAAGUACCUACGCGUGGAUAAUAUUGUGAUCAUAUUCUAAUGCUUAAAAUCUCGCAAACAAGUGAAAUACUAUUUACUCUAAGUAAUUACAUGAGAUUGUGACGAUGGGGUGUGCACAAAGUGAAAUUGCUCCGCAAAAUGAAACUCCAAGGAAAGGAUGCACAGACGUUCUUUGGCUCGUAAUUUAUAUACUUUUUUGGAUCCUAAUGAUAAUAGUUGCUGCAAUAUCAUUUGUGUACGGAAACCCUCAGAGACUUAUCAAUGGAUUUGACUCAUUUGGUAACACAUGUGGAGUGAAAACCAACCAGAAACUAAUCAAAUUCCCACUGGCUGGCAUCAGCACUAUUGACAAGAAGUUUUUAUUCUUCAUGGAUGUGAAGGAAUUAAGAAGAUCACUAAAAAUCUGUGUAAAAGAAUGUCCAAAUCGGAAGUUAGAAUCUCUUGCUGAUAUUCAGAACUUUUACAGAGAAACAGGGUCCAAUCUGUGUCGAUAUGACAUUAACCCUAAUAAUGUGACUUCUACUAAGGACCUCCACGAUUUCAUAGGACCCUGCCCGACACUGCCAGUGUAUGACUCUUUUCCACUUUUAAACAGAUGUUUCCCAAAAUCAGCUAAAGAUGUAGCAGAAAGAGUUGUCAAAGAUUUCUAUGACCUGCUCAACAGUUGGGACACAAUCGAACAAAUGCUUUCUGAUCUUUACUCUUCCUGGAAGGAAAUGAUAAUCUGUGUUAUCAUAGCAUUUAUAUGCUCAUUGCUCAUGGUGUCGAUCCUGCACCUACUGGCUACGCUGGUGUCCUGGAUCUUCAUGAUCAUCGUGUCUAUAGCUAGUGUCGCCGGCACCGCGCUGCUCUGGUACACGUAUUACGAGCUCAAACAUAAACAGAAAAGUUUCGUUGAGCAUGCGGCUUUCUUGGAUGAAUCCUUGAAAAAUGAAACAGCCUUUUUGUGGUAUUCUAUAAUCGCUACUAUUAUUACGGUUAUUCUACUCAUACUAGUGUUCGUAAUGCGUUCGCGAGUGUCCUUCCUAGCGGCGCUGUUCAAGGAGACCGCGCACUGCCUCGGCUCCAUUCCCGCGCUUUUCCUGCAGCCCAUCAUAACCUUCUUCUUUCUGAUACUGUUCUUCGCGUUUUGGUCUUUUGUAAUAGUGUGCCUGGCUACGGCCAACUACCCGGGCAUCCCGUACCAGACCAACUUCUUCAUCAAUGGCUCCGCAAUGCCAGACCGCGUGGACAAGGUAGCCGUCGAGGCGCAGAAUAUCAACAAGAGCGCUAGCCUCAAGAACUUCACUCUUGAAAACAUCGAAUUCGAUCCGCUGUGGGUUAAGAGCAUGUGGUGGAUAUGUCUCAUCUGCCUGGUGUGGGGCAGCGAGUUCAUUCUCGGCUGCCAGCAGAUGACCAUCGCCGGCGCCGUGUCACACUGGUAUUUCAGAGGCCCAAACGCGAAUUCUCCAGUGUUGUACUCGAUAGGCAAACUGCUCAAAUACCAUUUGGGGUCUGUAGCGAAGGGGUCCUUCUUGAUCACGCUGUUUAAGAUUCCGCGACUUAUUCUUACAUAUUUACACGCCAAGUUAUCGGCGAGGGCUGAAAAGGGGUCGGACUGCGCGAAAUGUGGUCUGAAAUGCGGAAUCUGUUGCUUCUACUGCCUCGAAAAGUUCAUUCGCUACUUGAACCACAACGCCUACACUAUCAUCACCAUUGAGAGGUGCCACUUUUGUAAAGCUGCAGCGAGGGCAUUCAGCACGAUAGUGAACAACGCCUUGCAAGUGGCCACAAUAAACAGUGUCGGCGACUUCAUCCUGUUCCUGGGCAAGUGCAUCGUGACGGCGGUGACCGGCAUCGCGGGCUUGCUGCUGCUCAAGCGGAACCCUGAUUUGCACUUCUUCGCCGUCCCCACCCUCCUCAUCUGCAUAUUCUCCUUCUUCAUAGCACAUUGCAUCUUAUCUUUGUAUGAGAUGGUGGUAGAUUCUCUGUUCAUGUGCGUGUGCGAGGACCGCAACAUGAACGGCGGCGACGGCAAGUGGAAGCACUCGCGCUUGGCCGAACUCGGCGGACACACUCGCGAACAAGAUGGCGCCGCUGAGCUGCAGGACUUGCAAGAGAAGUACUGAAUCCCUUUUGUUAUUAAUUGUGUUCUAAGCCGAGUUAGAUUUACCCUGUAUUUGCCCAGUUUUAUCUCAAACAGCCUGACGGUUUUUGGGAAGAAACUGGGAAAAUACUGGGAGUAAACCCAUCUAUGAGCUCGCGCGCUCUGUGAUUAUUUAGACUUCUAAAUAUAAGUGAGUGCGCGCAUCCGCGACUAAAAAUAAUACUAUUGACGCGAUUGUACAAUUGCUUACGCGACAAAAAUCGCAGUGUACGCCCGCCCUAAUGCUGGGUGUACACACGGCAAACGAACAGCUUUCUAUCAAACAAAUGGUUAGCGUUUGUUGGCUCGAUGUCUGAAUCCAGUAGCAAGAUUGUUAUACAUAAAAAUGUUUCUUUCGCAUGAUAUUUUACCUAUUCUAGAUAUAUGUUUUAUCCCUCACACAAUAUUUGACAUUGAAAUAAUGAUUUAUUAACUAUUUAUUUUCGACCUAAAUCAAUUAAUAUUUUUGGAUAACUGUUUAUAAUCCAAAUAUAAGAGACAAAGUAUGAUUUCACUAAAAUCGUCUCGAAAAGUAUGAAUUGGCUCUGUUUAACGUAAAUUAUUUUAAGUGCAUGAACAAUUUAUAGUCUAAUAAAAUAUGAAUUUAGUUUUGCUUAUUGGCAAAAUAGACUGUUCACUGGUCGUUUAUAAACUGAUUGAUAGCCGUAAUAGUAGCAUUUCAAAUAUAUUUUUUUAGUUUUUGUUAGUUUUCUUUUUCAAUUUUGCUAUCAAAUGCCUUAUAAGCAAACGGUGAUACAGGACCUUAUGUAAUACAUUUUAUAGCAUCUAAUAAGCUUUUUAUGUGCUUAGAAUUAUUAAGAUGAACUGUCGAGUUUAGUCAGUUCUGAUUUUAGUAGUAAUGCUAAUGGCUGUGUCGUAGUGGCAUGGUGUCGUAAUGGUGUCAUUUAUUUAUAGUUUUAAAUACAAAAAGCAAUAGGGUCCAUUUUAUAUUAUUUUAAAUGUAAGUGCUUUAUGGACGAUGUCUAUCAAUUUAUGUAUUAAUAAUAUUUAGAUUAUUAUAUAUUUUUGGGCUAUAAGGUUGAAAGGAGUAAGUAUUUAAUGUAAGCUUUACUAACAACAAUGAGAAGUUCACAUUAGACUUGUUUUCUUUUGAGCUAAUUACAAUUUUUUUUACUCAUUUUAAUUUCCUAUUCUCUUUGCAAUCUGUUACAUGAAACGAAAGUUGUUGUUAUAAAAAUAAUUUGUGUUCAUUGCCACUUGUGCUCUAUAUUUGAAGGAGUUAUAUAUCUACUUGUGUUGAAUGUGAAUUCAUCAAUCGUCAUCUCUUAUUUAGGUUUUCUUAAUGUGCCGUUUUGAUCAGUAUAAUUAAUUCAGGACAUCAUGUCUGCAGCAAAACCAGCCUAAUGUGAACAAAGUUUUAAAUAUAUUUUCUCAUAUUAAGUAAGUCAGUGAUAUGUUGCUAGUGCAAUGUUUUUUUGUAAUCUGAAUAAAUUAAGUAAUUCUAAUAUUUUAUAUUCUUUCAGAUAAAUAUAAUCGAAUCGAUAAAGAUGAAUAAUACAUGCAUAAUUAUGGACGUGACGCGCAUAAUAUUAUGAUAAAUGUGGGUAUUUUAGAUAUAUUUACUGACUAGGCUUAUUGCCACUAAACCACCGGGUUUACUUCGAUAAUGACUGUUUAUUUUUCGUCCUAAUGCUAACAAAAUUUUAAAUUACAUUUGUUGUAUAGCACAGCACAAUUAUGAAGAAAAAUAAAUUACAUUAACAUAAUGUAAACAUUUCACAAGUAUUUUAUUAAAGUAUGACUAUUGUACAUUUUAUAUAUACACAAAUAAUUCAUUUUAAACACGUUUUCUUUUUAAUCAGUAAACAACGCAACAUGUGCUUGUCAUUUACGCUUUGUAUUAAUAAUAAUAUUAUUUUUAUGUGUAAGUUAAGGAUUUAAAUCGAAAUAUAUACAAAUAUUUUUAAAGGCUAUCUAAUUGUUAAGCUUUUAUACUGUCCAUGCAUUCACAAUUGUAUUUUGAUAAUUUUUAUAUAAAGUUGAUCUGUUAGUUUAUAGAUUUUACUAGAUGGUAAGUUAUUUAAUAUUUUUUUUUAGAAUUUUUAUUGAAGUACAAGUCCUAGUUUCUACAAAUCUCAUUGUUUUAAGGUGACAAGUAUGAACUUUUGCAUAAUCUCAAUAAUUUAUUUUAAGGAUCUUAUUUUUAUAGGUAUAAUAAAAAUAUAUUUACAUUUUAUAUGGUAUCAACCUCAUUUGAACAAUUACCAAUUUUGAUCUUUUAUUAAAUGCUCAGUUAAAAUCUAUUGGAAUCGAUAAGGUAAUAUGGCAUAAUAGCUAUUCUAUUCUAGAUAGAGAUGUUAUUUGAAUCUUUUUUGUAACUUACUACCAUAAUGAAAUAAUACAUAAUUUCAGUAUUACUACUUUCACAGGGCUGAAAGUCAUGAUAAAAAUACCAGUGCAUGGAGUUAAUGUAACUUAUAUGUACUUGCAUGAGGUUUAUUUUCCUACAAGUUCUUCCGCUAUUGUUAUGCUUCAUUGUAUCCAGAGUUACAUAGACAUGCAUUUUGUAAUAAUUUAUAUUGACCACAUUUUUGAUGUAAUUGUCAUUUUAAAUAAAAUUUCUUUUGAGUGAAAAAA